AUGGAGUUGUACCUUGAUGACCAGCGUGAGACACCAUCAUUCUCGGUUAAUUUAUUUGCGGAGCGAAUUAACAGUAUACUUGAGGCGCCGUUGCCAAAAUGUUUACGCUUGAAAGGAGAAGGGGAUACCAAACCGAGUAUUACUAGUAUUACUGGAUCACAUGCAGCUCAAAUUGUAUCUCCUCGAAGGAGUGCAAGAAGUGGAGGUGUUGGAAUUCAGCAUAAGAAACCUAUUCAUGAAGUAUUACUUGAUAAGGGUAGACUUGCUGCAGAGCAAAAGGAAGCCUUACGAUUGAAAGUAUUAGAGGAGGAACUGAGUGAAUUGCGUCCAGCACCUUCUAUUACAUACGAAACUCUUAAGAAGACACCACGAAAGGGGACUCCAAUUGAAAAUCGAUUAUUAAUGCGAGCACAAGAAGCUGAGAAACGACGUCAACAUGAGGCAAAAUGUCGUGAGGAACAAAUGUUAAAAGAAAUGAGUGUUAUUGCACCAUUUAGACCAAAUAUAUCACGUCGAGGUCGAAAGGCUACUCCAAAGGCACGAAAAAUGGCAGAAGAAGCACAGAAUGAUUGGUAUCGUCGUCGUGAAGAGAAAAGAGAAGCUAUACGUACAGCAAAAGUACUUGAAGAUCUUAGUGAAGUUCGGGAUGGACCUAUUAUAAAUCCCCGAUCUGAGCGACUUGCAGCUCGUCGUCGAGAGAGGGAAGGAUUAUCAGGUCUCAGUGGAAUUGAAGCCCUUAUUGAGAGGGACCGCAUUGCACAAGUUAAACGUUGGGAACGACAUGAAAUGGAAAAACGGAAAGAACAAACUCCUCAAAUUACUUUGUAUGCUGCUACACUUCAGAGAGAAGGUGAUGCGGCAGAACGAUUAUAUGCAGAUAGUUAUGAAAAAGAAGUACGUCGAUUACAAAGGGAACGUCAACUAAAAUAUGAUAAUAAUAGACCUUUAUUUACUCCUAGAAUUAGUCCACACGCUGCUACAAAACCACGUUUUUGUAAUGUUGAAGAUGAACUUAUGCAGAAACAUAUGCAAAGUAUGGUUCUUAAAGAGGAAAUGCGACGUCGAGAAGAAGCGGAGGAGUUACGUCGACAUCAACCGGCAAUUGAUCCAGUAAGUGAGGCAAUUGCAGCAAGAUUACCUGAUACCUCUCUUGAGCGUCUAUAUCGUCAUCCAAGACGAGUCCAAAGAUAUAUGGAUUCAACAGAAAGAGAAGUAGAAGCAGAAACAAAAACAACAAUUUCAGGAGUAAAAGUAGGAGCAGCAGCAGCAGCAGCAGAGUCAUCCUUUAAUGGAAGUAACAGAGGUACUACUUCUCGUGUAACUUCUCUACCUGAAUCAAUGGCAGAGGCUUUACAAUCAUAUGAAGAACGUCGAUUAGAGAAAAUGCGACGACUUCAAGAGGAACAGGAGAGACGCCAACGUGAGGAGUGUACUUUUGCUCCCGUUACAAAUGGUAGAGGAGCAAACAUCGGAGGACCUGAAGAUGUUGCCACACGGAAUCAACAAUGGCUUGCCCGUAGAGAAGGAAAACUACGGGAGAUGCGUCAGCGUAAGGAAAUAGAAAAGGUAAGAGAUUGUACCUUUAAACCAGAAAGAGAAACCACUUAUCCACUUUCCGCACGUGGGGAGAGUGUCUACGGUGGUGAUGGAACCCCGUGGGGUGUGCAGGAGUAUUUGGAGCGACAACAAGAAGCCCGUCGUCUCCGACAAGAGCGGGAAAUGCGAUUGCAGCGACGGCCAUCAAGUGCUCCACGACCUUCCGUCACCACUCCGCAGGAAUUUGUUUUGGGUAGACGUGAAGGAACACCCGUACGUUCGUUACAGCGGCCCCCGCAUGUGCGGCUCAUGUCACCAGAUAGAGAUGAGUUGGAUUUGCAACCACAACGACGACAAGAACAAGAACAAGAACAAGAACAAAAGCAAGAACAACAAAUACGGAAAAAUGAUGAUCUAUCCGUGUAUGAACGUAUUUACAAUCGCAUUUAUAACUCUGCCCUUAAUGGGAUUAGUGAUGAAACGGGUUCUUCUUUGUGUAUCCCUCCUUCCUUGUACUCUUGA